ACCACUGGGGAAGUGUCAUUGUUAGGCCCUUUCAAACCAUCAGCCUUCCCUUCCCUUCUCAGGGGCAUUCCUUGACUUGAAGCUGGGUUUCGAGCUAAUAGGACAGCGCACACAAGACAGCGCUCUCCAUGGAUCUGCCUUAUUACCACGGCCCUUUGACCAAGCAGGACUGUGAAACAUUGCUGCUCCAGGAAGGGGUGGAUGGCAACUUCCUGCUAAGAGACAGCGAGUCCAUACCAGGAGUCCUGUGCCUCUGUGUCUCGUUUAAAAAUUUUGUCUAUACAUACCGAAUCUCCAGAGAGAAGCAUGGGCAUUACAAGAUAAAGACUGCAAAAGGCACCCCUGAGCAGCUCUUCCCAAACCUGAAAGAAUUGAUCUCCAAAUUUGAAAAGCCAGGACAAGGGCUGGUGGUUCAGCUUUUGAAACCCAUCUGGAGAACCAAACCCUACCCACCAUGGAGAAGAUCAGAAUCAAAGUCGGAUACUGUUUAUGAAAACACUGACCACGAUUAUGUGCAUGUCUUGCCUUGAAGAUAUGGCACCUGGAGGAAGCACGCGAGAGAAGAGGUGAGUGGCAGCGAUCACCGGCAACUGCUUCUUCUGCAGGGGCAGGUCCAGAAUGCCACGUUCCAGUGAACAAGGCUGACUUUCCUCAUUUGAGUAACUGAAGAUCCAGACAAGCCACUCUCCAUAUCUCUGUUUCCAAAGCAUACCUCAAAAGAAGUUUCCAGGACCCCGAUUCACAUCUUGCUCUUCUUUCUUGGAAUGGGACAACCUGAACAUAACUUUCUUUGUCCUGUGAAAUGUCCUACCACUGCAUCAUGACUGAAACCCUCUUGGACAGAGGGGCAGUUUCACACCAAGGAGUGCAUGCUCGGCAUUGUGUUUGGAACCUCGAGCGCAAGCCAUACACUGUUUCAUUUGGGGAGGGAGAGGGACUUUCCUCUUCUUUAAAAUCUCAUAUUUUAAGAUUUAUUUGUUUUUAUUUGAAAGACAGAUUUUUACAGAGACAGAGAAGGAGUGACACACAGAGAGGUUGUCCGUUCAUUGUUUCACUUGCCAAAAUGGAGCUAAUUCAAAGCUGGGAGCCAUGAACUUUUUCUGGCUUCCCAUAUGGAUUCAGGGGCCCACGCCCUAGGGCCAUCUUCCACUGAGUUCCCAGACAUAAGCAGGGAACUGAAUUAGGAGCUUAAACCAAUGCCCAUAUAGGCUGCCUGUACUUGAAGGUAAAGGAUUAGGCUGCCAAGUUACUGUGCCAGUCCUUAGGUCUCAGUGUCUUAAUCUGUAGUCAUGCUGUGAGCCUGGUUGUGGGAAAGCUGGGAGCAUUGGAUAUUUGUACAGUAUCAGUAGAAUCAG